CCAAUGGAAGCCGCAGCUGAGACCCCUCCCAUGCCCCCCCCCAAGGGGCAUCCAGGUCUCCUGCCUCCCUCCCUCCUGGCAUGCCUGGCACAGACGUGAGGAAUCUGGUGGCUGGCUUCAGGGUCUGUAGAACCCUCUCUGUCCUGUGGUUCCCAAACAGAGCCUCAGCCGUUCCAAAAAUGGCCUGGAGACAGCUCUUUCUGGCCUCCUGUCUCUCAGCUGCUGUGCUCCUGACCAUGCUGCAGGAGGGGACUGGUGCGUCAGUGGGUACCCAGCAGGUGGCAAGACAAGAUGUCCAGGAAGAUGUGAAACAGAAGAUCUUCAUGCAGGAAUCAGAUGCUUCCAAUUUCCUCAAGAAGCGGGGCAAGCGGUCCCCCAAAUCCCGAGAUGAGGCCAACGCGGAGAACAGGCAGAAACUGCGGGCUGAUGAGCUGCGGAGAGAAUAUUACGAGGAACAAAGGAAUGAGUUUGAGAACUUCGUGGAGGAGCAAAGAGAUGAACAAGAAGAGAGAAGCCGGGAAGCUAUUGAGCAGUGGCGCCAGUGGCACUAUGAUGGCUUGUACCCAUCAUAUCUCUAUAACCGCCACCACAUCUGAUCUCAUCUUGACAGACCACGGUGGAGCCUGAAACUCACAUACCCACUCCAGGUGUUUGAACAACACUUCCACGUGAACAGGCGCCUUCAAAGGGUCUCAACUUGUGGCCUGCUGUGGUAAACACGCCUUUUGCUCAGAUGGAUUAAGAUACCCUGGCUUUUGCUUCUUUGCAGAUAAUUUUCAGAGGCGGGCUAACACCUGUGGGGCUUCCUAGCACCAAAUCCACAGUGACUUCCCCUUACUUAGCCAUUGUUCCCACGGUAAGACUCCUGUCCUGUAGAACAAUGCAAAGGAUCACAGUAAAGAGAAAAGAUGACGUUUGCUUACAGCUUAGAAAUAAAAAUGCUGAGUCGUC